ACUACGUCAGUAGAUGGCGCGUUGUUCGUGACUAUUUGCUCGUCGAUUAAACUUGACUCAUGCUAUUUAGUAUCUUUGUCAAAAGACUCUGAAAAAUUUAUCUGAACUCCAUCGUGAGUAAUGGAUGCUUAAAAUGAACAGAUAUAUUAUACGGCUGUCUGUUAUUUGUGUGGAUUGAAAGUUUCGUUUAAGACAUUUAUUUAAAGACUACAUCAAGGGGGCGUAUCCUGUAUACGUAAUUUACUGUGUCCGGCUUCAAAGUAUACACUAAGCUACACAUAGUCUAAAGAUAAGUAAGGCAGUGGUGUAAUUGUUCAUAUGUUCAGUGCGUGUUAAGAGAAUUUAGCUGUUUAAUUGUUAUUUUAAAAUGUUAACUUUGAUGUUUAAAAUGGAACUAUUAAAUAUUUAAAACCAAAGCGUAAUGAGCAACAGACAGUCAGGAACGCCAAAUGGCGGUAAAAUACAACAUGUAAAACUGGUUUUAUUGGGAGACCAGGGAGUGGGAAAGUCUAGUAUAGCCCUUAGAUUUGUUCGUGGAGAGUUUAAUGAAAAUAAUGAAGCCACUGUUGGAGCGGCAUUUUUAACCCAAACUGUAAAUAUUAAAGAGCAUUCUAUGAAAUUUGAUAUCUGGGACACUGCUGGUCAGGAGAGAUAUCACAGUCUAGCACCAAUGUAUUAUAGAGGAGCCCAGGCUGCUGUUAUAGUUUAUGAUGUCACUGAUACUAAUACUUACGAACGAGCAAUAGCGUGGGUGAAAGAAUUACGUCAACACGCCAGUGCACAGAUUACAAUUGUUUUGGCUGGAAAUAAAGCCGAUAUGGCACCAGAAUCGCGAGCUGUUCAAUCUGAGGAUGCUCGACAUUUUGCUGAGAAUAAUGAUCUACAAUUUUUAGAAGCUUCUGCUAAAACUGGUAUGGCUGUUAGCGAGAUCUUUAUGGCAGUUGCCACUAAAAUAACAACAAAUUUAGAACACGGGGGACACAUCGACAGUAAAAAAGGAAUACAGCUUAAAGGUCGUACUAACAGUGACGCGAAGAAGAAAAAGUGUUGCUAAAAAGGGUUCUGUGUGGUGUAAAAGCUUUAGGGGACUGUUAACUUAUAGAGAACACUUUUCUAUGGUGUAUAUACAGUAAUUGAUUUGUAUAUAGUUAGUUUCUAUUUUUGUAAACCAGCAGUGUGGCUUUUUCUAAACAAGUAGUGUGGCUUUUUGUGAAAAAGACUCGACCAAACCUUUUUGAAAAACAACAUUGUCCUUUUAUAGUGUGUGUGCAUUAUGUCUUUUAUAUCGGUUAAUGAACGAUUUUAAUUGGUGAAUGAUAAUUGUUUAUGAUGAACUCAAUUAAUAAUAAAUAUGUUUAUAUUAUCCAAAAUCUAAUACUUCACAUCAUAUAUAAUUUGUUGGGGAGUGUAUUAAGGAUAAUUAUUGAGGAUAGGGCGGGUCUAUUUUAUAUACUCAUUAUUUGUUAUAUUUCUAAUAGUGUGCACCAAAUUUAAACAACUGCAUUUCUUUACACAGGGUAAACAUAGAUUGUAUAAACUUUGGCAUUUAUGUUUAACUCGAACAUUGCUUUUCUCGAAUAAAAAUACAGAGCCGUGAACAUCGACAUAACGGUUUGUAACUGUAUUAUAAUGAUUAUCACCCAAAAUGUUUUUAUGAAACAUUUUUUUUUUAUUGUUAUUAUAUUUUUAUAUAGUGCAUAUUAUAAGGUGAAAUAAUAAAUCGAUUAUGGUAUUAAUAUUAAAUUUAUGUAUUUGAUCCAAUGAAUCGCACUUUUGUAUAUUUUGUACAUACUCUAGAAGCAAAGGAUGUUUAUUAACAAUGUCCUGUGUGACAUCUACACUAGAUCUAAUGACGUUUUAUGUGUGAAUCAAAGCCGAUGGAUCAAAAUAAAUAAAUAAAACGUUAAAAUGUAGAUAAAG